AUGAUCGCCAAGACGGUUCUGCCUCGUGUAUUGGUGCCUGUGCGGCCUCGUCGGCAGCAAAACUCGGCGCUGUCAUUUCACAGCCCUGCAAGCAUUCUUCCUGCUCCUCUAUCUGCCCUUCCUCCUGCUGCUACUGCCACCCUCACCCAAGCCGCACCAUCCCGCACGAGCCGCGACCGGCCGCCCCUCCAACGACCGUUUCUGCAGCCUCAUCCGAGCGCAGCCGCGCGAUUCGCCACCAUGUGCAUCGUCUUCACCUGCGGUGAGCACACCUUCCGCCGCGAGAUCGAAGGCUACGAGGGCAUCAUCUGCCGCUGCUACAACUGUGGCAACUACAGCGGCCAUGUCAUCAAGACCCAUCCGUGGUUUACCUUUUGCUUUGUCCCCGUCAUCCCGCUCUCCUUUCACGGCUACGAAGACAUCAGCUGCCACAUCUGCAACUUCUCCCAGCCGCUUGAGAGCCGCCAGGACGUGCAGGCCAUGCGCAACGGCGGUGCUGGCGGACGGCCAGGCGUCCCUCUUCAGCCGCAUCCGGAAGCACAAACACAGCAGCCGCCGGCGCCGGACGGAAACAUGCGGACCAGCCGCCAGCAGACCGACGACCGAGCGCAGACGACCGGGAAGCGUCUCCAUUCCUCCUCAUCUGCAGGUCGUGUUGAGCUGGACGUGCGUGUGCGUUCUCGCCCGGCCGCAGGCGAGCGGAACCUCGACGCAGAAACGAUGCUGUACGACCUGAGCAUUGCCUGGACGCCGUCCACGACGACGGCUGAGCUGGAGGACACGCUCGCCAUGAGCUCUGAGCUCGGCUAUGACGUCGUGGCGCUGGAUCACGUCUACGCCGGCCCGGUGCCGUCGACCGUGACCAAUCCGCUGCCCUUGCUGCCAGCAGUAGCAGCAUCGACAACGACAUCCACCACAACCACAUCCAACAGACCGGCGAGCCGGCGGCUGCCUCGCAUUCUUCGCCGCGCCACCGUUGUCGUGUCCGACAUGACGGUCAACCACCGGCUGGCCGCCGUGGCCGCGGCCUACGACCUCGUCGCCGUGCGGCCGACCACCGAAAAAGCCUUCCAGGCCGCCUGUCUCAGCAUGACCGAGCCGGCCCUCAUCAGCCUCGAUCUGACGACGUACUUUCCCUUUUUCUUCAAGCACCGCGCCGCCAUGGCCGCCGUCCGCCGCGGCGUCCACUUUGAGGUCUGCUACGGCCAGGUGCUGCGGGCCGACAGCAGCAGCAGCGGCAACACCAGCAGCUCGGCCAAUCGUGCUCGCGCUCUCUUCGUCGCCAACCUGGCCGGCCUCCUUCGUGCGACACGCGGUCGCGGCAUCGUCGUCAGCUCCGGCGCCCUCAUGGGCCGCGGCAACAGCAACGGCGGCGGCGGUGGCGGCGCGCUCGAGCUGCGUGGCCCCGCCGAUGUCGUCAAUCUGCUCGCCGUCUGGGGUCUGCCGCCCGAUCGCGGAAUCGACGCCCUCAGCGGACUACCGCGCAGCAUCAUCGCUAACGAGGGCCUCCGGCGGCGCGGCUUCCGCGGCGUCAUCGACAUCGUGCAGACGGCUGAGAACAGCAGCGUGGCUGCUGCUGCAGGAGCAGGAGCACAGCUGAAACAACAGAAACAGCUGAAACAACAGCAGAAACAACAGCAGAAACAGAAGCAGAUACAGGGACAGGGAAACGGUGCAGCUGGUCACAAACGGAGGGCCAGCGAAAACGGCGGCGGAAACGGCAACGACAACACCAACGGAAACGGAGAGGCUGCUGAAACGGACCAGCAGAAGAAGACGGCAACCGAGCGACAGCCAAAGAAGCAGAAGAGAGAACCCACGUUUUCAACCCCCUUGUCUCCGGCUCAAACACCCGUCGACUUUGCCAGGCUGCCCAACGUCAGCACAUCGGUGAGCGACAGUCCGGAAAAGUCGAUCGACACUGCUUGCGCACCGUUGGCGACACCCAAGGUUGCUGCUGCUCCCGCCGCUGCCGUCGUGGUCGCGCCCUCCAUUCCGAGGACGACAGCAGCAACGGUGCUGGUAGACGGAACAAGGGCAGCGCCUACGGCCGCCGUUGUCGUAGUGAUUGCGAAAGCGGUGCUAGGCGCAGUGCUGGUUGCGGCGUCCAAGGUCGAGAGGAUCGAGGGAAAUGUGGCGACUGAGAUGACCAGGGAGGAUGAGGUCGAGGUGGUCGGGAUGGACGAGAAUAUGGAGGUCGAGAGAGUGGAGGUCGAAAAAGUCGAGAGAAUGGAGGUCGAGAAAGUUGAGGCUGGGAAAGUAGAGGCAAUCGAGGAUGAAGCAGUUGUAGCAGUUGUAGCAAUUGGGGCGACUGAAGCAAUUGUGGUCGAGAUAGUUGAGGCAGACGUCGAAGCAAUCGAAGCAACUGAAGUUGAAGCAACCGGAGCAACCGAAGCGACCGAGGCAGCCGAAGCAGUUGAUGCAAUCGAAGCAACUGGAGCAACCGAAGCAGUUGAUGCAAUCGAAGCAACUGGAGCAACCGAAGCAGUUGAUGCAACCGGAGCAACCGGAGCAACCGAAGCAACCGAAGCAACCGAAGUCGUCGAAUUGUGCGGUGCUGUCACCUUCAAGACGCCCCUCGAACAGCCGUUGGCUCUGUACAUAUGUCACUGCCAUACCUGUCGCCGCCAGACCAGCUCUGCUUUCGGCACGAGCGCCAUCUUCCCACGGUUUCCGUUGCCAGAUGCGAAACUGCUGAGUUGCUAUACCGCUCUGUUCCAGUCGCCCGACUGCGUCAGGUCAGACGUUAUACUGGGCAAAAACGUUGUCUCCGUCAAGGGCGGCUGCCUGGACGGUCUCGACUGGGAUAAGGCCGUCCACAUCUGGACCAAGUCCGCGAUGGUGCCUAUUCCUGAAGGCAACGAGAGCCACUGCGGAGAGACUGCCUUCACCAGCUACAGCUACGGCUCGAGUCAGGAGGAGCUAGAUCAGCCGGCCGAGCUGAUGGGCAGUGGCAGCCAUCCGAGCGAAGAGAAUAUGGACUCGGUGUAA